AUGGUGCGCCGAGGCUCUGGCCGGCUUAACGGCCCGUCCCGCGUCAAAGAGGUAGCCGAGUACAACCUUUCUACAAAGCCAUCAACAAAACUUAGCUUCACAAGAGGCUGUCCACCAACAAUAUUGAGCACCAUUAAUAUGCUACAAAAGGGCCAAAUCGCCAUUGACCGGAGCAUGGGUCACGAUGCUCCGCGGGCCUUGUCGCUGAGGGGCUGGCAAAGCGCUGGCGGAAACGAUCGAUGGAGACGCAACUGGUUUGCAGGCCUAUUCCUGCCAGAACAUGUAUCUUUUCAACAACUCGUUCUAAGUCUCUUCUACAACCCUCGGUAUUUCCUUUAUGACAGUGUUUAUGUUGAUGAAACUGAGUAUUUUCUCGAGGCUUUCUAUGCCAUAGGUCGUUAUUUUCUUCUUUUAUCAAGAACGAGUAUUGGCAGCCUUGCCGAAACUGGUGGCAAGGGUUACAGAUACAGCGCUCUGAUAUACUGGGACAGAUGA